UGAAGAUCAUCUCUCGCUGCAUUCGGUGCUAGACAUCGACCUAUAAAAUAACAUAUUCAUAAAUACAGAACCGGAAAGAAGAAAGAGACAGGAAUAGGAAAAAAGAAGACCAAAGCCAAGAUGAUUCCCACUUAUGCUCGUCUGCUCGCCACGGCGUGCGCUCUGGCUACUACUGCCAAUGCUGUCACUCCCCUGGUCGUCAAGGGUACCGACUUUGUCAACAGCGAGACUGGUGAUCGCUUCCAGAUCCUGGGUGUCGACUACCAGCCCGGUGGUUCGUCCGGCUUCAGCACCACUGAGGAUCCCCUCAGCCAGCCUGACGCCUGUCUUCGUGAUGCCGCCCUGAUGCAGAGCCUCGGUGUCAACACCAUCCGUGUUUACAACUUGUCGCCUACCAUCGACCACAGCAAGUGCGCUUCCAUCUUCAACGGCGCUGGUAUCUAUAUGAUCUUGGAUGUGAACUCUCCGCUGUCCGGUGGAUCGCUGGAUCGUACCGACCCAUCCGGUACCUACAAUGCCGAGUACUUUGAGCAGGUCUUCGGUGUUAUCGAGGCCUUCAAGAACUUCCCUAACACCCUUGCCUUCUUCUCUGGCAACGAGGUCAUCAACGAAGACAGCGUCUAUGAGGCUCCGGCCUACGUUCGGGCUGUCACGCGUGACAUGAAGGACUAUAUCUCUAAGAACGCCAACCGUACCAUUCCCGUCGGUUACUCUGCUGCAGACGUGCGCGACGUCCUAGUCGACACCCUUAACUACUUCGAGUGCGACCUCAAGAACUCGACCAGCUCUAAGGCUGACCUGUUUGGCCUCAACUCCUACUCCUGGUGCGGAGACUCCAGCUACACGGAGAGUGGCUACAACGUGCUUGUUGAGGACUUCUCCAACUCCUCGUUGCCCGUCUUCUUCUCCGAGUUCGGCUGCAACGAGGUCACUCCCCGUACCUUUUCCGAGGUCCCGACCAUCUAUGGCAAGGACAUGUCCGCCGUCUUCUCUGGCGGUCUGGUCUACGAGUGGACUCAGGAGGCGAACAACUACGGUCUCGUCGCCAUCAACAGCAGCGACGUAGCCACCCUCCUGGUCGACUACGACAACCUGAAGACCCAGUACUCCAAGCUGAAUAUGACCAGCAUUGAGUCCUCGAACGCCACCCAGACCUCCCAGGAGGCUGUCACCUGCGACGCCUCUUUGAUCAGUGGCUCCUUCCUCAACUCCUGGGACCUUCCCACCCGCCCGACCAAGGUCGGUGACUGGAUCAGCAACGGCUACACCAACGCCACCGUCGGCAAGCUUGUUACUGUCUCAUCCACGACUAUCCCGCAGACCAUCUACUCCUCGAGCGGCGGCAAGCUCUCGAGCAUCAAGUACACCGUCCUGGCCAGCGACGAGUCCAACGUCCCCAACAACGAGACCUCCACCACGACCAGCAGCAACUCGUCCAGCACCUCGUCCAGCACUUCCAGCGCUUCCAGCAGCUCCGGCACUUCCAGCACCAAGGAGAGCGGUGCCACCGCCGCGGCUCAGAUGUCCGCCUCCGUCCUCGGUCUUCUGAGCGGAGUCACCCUGUUCGCUGCCUUCUUGCUGUGAACAUUCCUUCCCCAUCAUACAUGAUAUAGAUAUCAGUGAUAUGCAUUUUAUAUCUAUAUCUAUAUCUAUAUCUAUAUAUAUAUAUAUAUGAACUUCAUCCUCCGCGUGCAUCGUCCCGCUGAGUCUUUGCUUGACACGCUUGGGUCUUUUGUUUCAGUCGCGGGCUCUUCCUGUUCCCGGCGAACAUCCGCAGGCCUCCAUCUGACCCAGAUGGUCGGUGGUGUGGGAGAUGAUUUUAUGUACAAAGCAGAAUGACAGUCUCCGUCGUCGAUUCUCCCAUUCCAUAUGAAAGCCCCGGAAGGCCCAUGAACCAGGUAUGGGGAAGAGGCACGGGAAUAUGAGCUCUUUUUAGUCUGCUUGCUUUUCGCCUUGUUCGCUUGCUGGCUUGCUUGCUGCUGCUAACGAGUAUAUCGUCUAAUCCAUCAUUUGCUGUAUAUACCAAUUUCUGCCUAAU